AUGACGUGGCUGAGCUGCUUACAGGAAUGUGCAAUCUGUCAGCGACUGCCCCAGAGGAUCGGAAGGUUGGGGCAUUGCAGUCUCACAGCUGCUUGUUCUGGGGAUCUCUUCUCUGCUUCCAGCACCAGCCAGCGCCUGACAGAGCUGGAACUGAAGAAUAAAAAACUGGGAGAUUCCCAAGUGCAGCUGCUGUGGGAGGGACCUCCAGACUGCAAAAAGCAGAAGAUACAGUUGCAGAGUUGCAGUCACACAACUGCCUGUUGUGGGAAUCUCUCUUCUGUUCUCAGCACCAGCCAGACCCUGACAGAGUUAGACCUGAAGAACAACACCAUCAGAGAUUCAGGCGUGCAGCUGCUGUGUGAGGGACUGAAACAUCCCAACUGCAAACUACAGAAACUAGGAUUGGAGAAAUGCGAUUUCACAGCGGCGUGUUGCGGGGAGCUCUCCUCCGCUCUCAGCACCAGCCCAACCCUGGCCGAGCUGGACCUGCAGGAGAACAAACCGGAAGAUUCCGGAGUGAAGCUGCUGUGUGAGGGGCUGACACAGCCAGCCUGCAACCUGCAGAAACGGGUCUUGUCCAAGUGGCAUGUAACCAAAGAAACACAGGCAGAGCUGGAUGCUGUGAAAAAGAUAAAACCUGAUCUGGUCAUAGAGAGAUAGCAGAGCUUGUGAGCGGGAGAUACUGCACCAUUGUGGGUCUGGUUUGGCUGGCCUGCCCCCAGCUGGGGCAACAGCUUAGGGACAGAUGGACACUUGCCUCUUUUUGAGAGAAUCCCUGCCAUCCCCUGGGACUCCCAACAGCAUAUUUCAGUUAGGUAGAUUGUCAGGGCCAACCCUCCUGCAUGAGAGUGAGAGAGACAGGAGUAGGAGCUAGAUUUGCUCUGCUUUUGGUCUGACCUUGGUGGGGGAAGUUGGAUUGUGGGGGGGAGUGAGCAAGAUGGAGGAAGGGGGUCAGGGCCCAGGAGAGGGAGAGAUGUGGAAACUUGAUGGAGAGAUCUGGUAACUGCCCCUGUUCAGUCUGUCAGGGCAGGGGGGGAGACUCAAGAACCAGUCAGAAAUUUCCAUUCUGUUCCAAUAGCUCAGUCACUAUUUGUAUAUUUACAAGGGGGUUUGUAGUUUUUCACAAUCCCUCAGCUAUUAAAUCGGGAUUUCCUGUGUCUGUCUCCAACAUUUUAUUUAUCCCGAGUGUAGAUUUGUGUCAGUUUUGCUGGAGUCCAGUAAAGAUCAUGAAUCAAGAAAUAAUGCUUCCCUUCAGUGUUUGUAUUUCUUGUGAUAGUUGUGCUAAUGCACAAGAACUCUUACCUUCUUCAGGGCUACAGGAGUCCUCAGGGACAUUUUUUCAUGGUCCCAGGUUCUUAUCCAAUACAGUCAACACUGUCAGAAGAUUUUUCAUGGAAAAUGUCCAUUUAGGCAGCUAGAAGAGGGCUUGUUUUUUUCCUCUCGGGGCACUCCCAGCUUUUUCCAAAAGGUAAAAGGUCUCUGAAUGCCCAAUGAGGAGUGGAGAACAAAGGCUUAGGAUGGGGAGAAGGCUAUGUUUAUGGCUGAUCUCCUGGCAUUUUCAAAAACUCUAACAGGAGUCCCAUGUACCCAGACAGAUGCUGCUACGCUAGUUAUGCCUGACACACAACUAAUUUAUCAGGUACUCGUGGACAAACUUGACUCAGACGUUUAUUUACUCACACUGAUUGAUAGACCUCCCAAACACACAGAGUAUAAGUUUGAGUGAGACAAACAGCUCAUGUUUCGGGGAUUGACCUCGGCAGGAGCAGGACUGGGCCUUCCCUGGCGCAGUGCAAAAAAUGUUAGAAAAAAUUUACAUUUUUAAAGAAGGUAAUUUGUGAGAGGGGUGGGGAGACUUUAGCUUAAGGACCCCUAGAUUGAAUGAUUCCAAAUUUGAACCAUUAACUCUCCCCUUAGCCCAAAUCUAAGGGGGGGGGGAAGGCUUUUGUUUGUGCUCUUUGUUUGGGAAGUCAUUCGCUCUUGGGACUGAGAGGGACCAGACAUCAAUCCAGGUUCUCCACAUCUUUCUA